GGAACAAAGUGGAGUCAUGGUGCUCGCGAAAAGACUGAGACCAACUCUGGCUGCGGAGCUCUCUUCAAAAUGGAGCACAUUGUAACGCAAGCAGACGACGCUUGCUGUGUGCUGGAAGCGCUUAAGUGUAUGUUCACCUGAAACCUCCUGCCAGCUGCCAUGUCCACACAGGAUGAUGACACUGUGUUGGGCACUAUGUGUGAGCACCUCAACAACGCCACGAGAGCAGACAAAGGCACACCUCUCUCCAGGAUCCAAGGCAUUCUUUCCCAACUUCCACCAUCCGUCCGGGGCCGGUUAGGUGCAACAACUGAAACCAUACAGUUGGUCAAAAGUCCGCCAGGCCACAGAGCCAAGUAUCAGGCCACUCGUACAGAACUACUAAGAGAAAUGGCAAAUACGAGCGAUCCCACACCAAAGCAGGCAGUGUACCAACCAGGUAGUGACAGCAUCGGAAAUGGACUUCGUGGUACAAUCCAAGCCGUCAAUCCAAGCCAUGCAUUUAUAUUAUUUGGUGAAGGCAAUAAACAGCAUGCCUACUUUUUUAUUGAUAACGUUGACAUGUCCCUGCUUCAGCCAGAAAAGAGCCUGAAUGACCUGUUUAGUGUUGGGGACAAGGUUCACUUUGAUGCCCAGCCAAAUCCAAAGCCAACCAGCUACACCAAGUGGUGGGCCACCGAUUUCAACAAGGUGGAAAGUGCCGAACUUGUCCAGGUCAAUGGCAGCAGAAAGGAGGCUUUUCUAUCUGACAACGAUAUCGCCGAGCUUCUGCUUGACCCAAAGGAGUUCUCUGCACGGAGGAAGCUGUCUGGCAUCAAAGGCGCAUUCUUCCCAAACUCCAAGAUUACGGGUCUGGUGUCUGCUGUUGAACCCAACGUCAUGGUGUUAGUGCCAGAUGCAGCAGCAUACUCCAACGGAAGGAAGAUCAGGUCAUUCAGUGAGCUGUUCAAGGAGAGCGCUGUCCUAGAAGAUGUAGAUGCCUUUGUAGACGCCAUCGAGGUAGAAUGCGACAUGUGGGUAGCUAUGUUCACGUGGACUGGUGAACGGCCCGAGCACUUCCCUGUCGAGCAGAGCGAAAGUGUGUUUCACAACUCCCUCGCUCUCGUCAUGAGCGAAAUGCCCACAGACACUCAUGACCUGGAAGCGGGAGAUCUCGGCAUCUUCAACACACCUCCCAAGUUCUGCUCCGCUCCCAACAUUGGCCAUUCGAUCAGGGUGUACCCGCACAGCAACCUUAAGGCUGUGAACGACAACAGCGCAUUGUGCGAGGUGCAGGAGCCGGAGGGAUGCAGGAAUGUGGAGUUCUUCACAUUCUACAAGAACCACGUGCCCCUUGUAGGUAAUUUCAUGCAUAUCCUCAGAGAAAACGACAUCAUUCGAAUUGACAUGGUCUGUACGGUUGGCAGGAAGGUGGAGGUGUGCUGCCGCUUUGUGUGGCAGGGCGAAAGGCCUUCAAACGUGCAUCAAACGAGUCCCUCAGAGUCUGGCCCACUGCUGAAGGCCAGGGUGGCACAGCAAGUCAUCCCUGCAGCACCUGGCAAGCUCAGCGCACUACCUAACUGGCCCAUCACUACCCUCAGGUCCUGCCACCAGCAAUGCUACCACAAACAGGAAAUCCACUGCAGCUGGGCCCCCCCUGGAGCCUAGUCUAUGUCUUCUCGGGCAGAAAGGAUACACUGGUGCAAGUCUUUGACUCUUCCGCCAUGGUGGAAGCCAGAGAGGGGCAGACUAUCCGGGAGGUGACGGUCAUUGUGAACUGCUUCUGCAGGGGUGGCAGGACGGCCAUGAGCAAACUCAACCAAGUUCUCCACAAGGGGGACAUUGUCAACAUCGACUACAGCCUAACGUUGAUAUAUCGAACAACACAGUGAUUGCGAAAUAGUUUGUACGUAGCCCGAAUUAUAUUUAUAAAAUCAUGUAAAAACGCAUAA